UCGGAAUACGGGUGGCGUAGAGGCGCCGCUUGUGUGUAGAAGGUGCGCAGCGUGUGAGUGGGAAGGUUUUAAUAAAGUGGAAAUGUGAUUUCUGACCCUAGUUCACACUGUUUACUUCUCUUCACGAGGUAAACAAUAGUGUUAUCGUCUCUGUCGGGUUCAGUAUUAGGACUAAAAGCUGGAGAGAACUGCUAGCUAGGUAGCUAACGCUAACCGGUAACAGUUAAGAUAGGUUAGCUAUGCUUAGCUUAGCUGGCGCUAGUUAACAGUGAAGCAGGGGGGCUUCUGUCUCUCUUCUGUCAUUAAACAGUGAAGUUACAGCUAGUGUUAAUAUUACUGUAGUACACGGAUGACUGUCAGUGUGUUCAGACACCCUGCAGCACCACACCUGCAACAUAGAUCUACACGAGCUCAUCUGACAACCUUGACAGAGAAUAUGUCUGUGGCUGCUUUGCGCUUGAUCCCUUGCCGGAGGCUGAGCACUGCUGGUCCAGGCGUGAAGAAAGUAAUUCAAUGGAAAGAUAUUCGGAAAAUAGCUAAAGUAACUGGUGCCAUUAUAAUGGGCGGCUGUGUUUUUAUUACUUAUGAGGUCAUCACCCUGAACCAGGCAGUCACCAUUGACACUCGGGCUAUUCUUAAGGAGAAGCAGAAGUCCUAUAUCUACCUGACCCCAGGCAUUAGGAAAGAACAGGAUUCACUCAGUUCCAGUCUUACUUACAAAGCCAGAAAGGAGCUCCAUAAAGCAGCAAGAAAAUUUAUUGAAAUCUCAUCUCGUGUUCUUCAUCAUCCACUAGACGAUCGUUUAAGCCAUUUGGAUGCAGACCCUCAUGAAUGUGCCCUGUGGCUGCUGCUAAAGAAGACCCGAUCUAACAUUUGGGCGGAGCGACUGCAAGCAGUACAGGACCUGGCACACAAUCAUCACUGGCAGGAUUACCAGUACCGGACAGCAGCACAGGCUAUAGACCAGCGCACAGCUAUAGGUCUGGCCCGUAUGCCUCAGGUGGACCUUCGUUUUUUUCUUCCUCCUCCUGCACUGCCUGAGGUGGAGGAUGAGUUUCUAAUAGAGGAUGGACUGAGGCAGCUGCUCGCUUCUCUGCCCCAGUCAGAAGUGGAUCAGUGUGUGCAGUACUUCACUUCCCUCGCACUAAGAGAAAGCAGCCAAUCACUAGCAUCUCAAAGGGGUGGGCUGUGGUGUUUUGGGGGGAAUGGAUUGCCCUAUGCUCAGAGCCUCACUACCAUUCCCUCUGAGAAGGUGGAGUCUUUUUGUCUGCAGGCCCUGGUGCAGCACUCAAAGGUCCUGAGUCAUUGUGAUCACAUAGUGGCCAAUGGAGGGCUGCAGCUUUUACAGAGAGUCUAUCAGCUUCGACAGGAUUCUCAGAAAAUUCAGCGGAACAUUGUGCGCAUCAUUGGGAACCUUGCACUGAAGGAGAACUUGCACACAGCCAUAGUGCAGUCAGGUUGGGUGUCUGUCCUGGCUGAGAUGGUUCAGUCUCCUCACAUCAUGCAGGCAUCCCACGCUGCCCGUGCUUUAGCCAACCUGGACAGAGACACAGAGGUGCAGAAAUACCAAGAUGGAGUCUAUGUUUUACAUCCACACUGCCGUACCAACCAGCCCAUUAAAGCGGAUAUUCUUUUUGUCCAUGGCCUUUUGGGAGCUGCUUUUAAGACAUGGAGACAGAAAGACUGUGAUUUGACAGAGGAUGAGAAAUCUGUGGGAGUACGAGAAGACUACACAGAAUGCUGGCCUAAGUCAUGGUUGGCAGCAGACUGUCCCAAUCUCAGAAUUUUGUCUGUAGAGUAUGAUACUCAUCUCAGUGACUGGAGAGCCAAGUGCCCUGUUGAAAACCAGAGAAAGUCCUUGGUGUAUCGGAGUGGAGAGCUGCUGAAAAAGCUGAAGGCUGCAGGAGUUGGGGAAAGGCCUGUAAUCUGGGUGGCACACAGUAUGGGAGGUUUGCUGGUGAAAAAGAUGCUCUUAGAUGCCUCCAAGGAUCCUGAGCUGAGUCCUUUGGUCAAGAACACAAAAGGUGUUUUGUUCUACAGUGUGCCUCACUUUGGCACAUUCAUGGCAGAGUAUUCAGUAAAUGUGAGAUAUCUGCUUUUCCCCUCCAUAGAAGUGAAAGAACUCUGUCGAGACUCCCCAGCCUUGCGAGAUCUGAAUGAGAAUUUCAUCAACAUUGCCAAAGACCAGGAAUUCAAGGUCCUGAGCUUUGCAGAAACUCAACCCACAUCAGUUGGCCCAAUGAUAAAAAUGACAGUGGUUCCUGCCCAGUCAGCAGAUCUGGGUAUUGGAGAUCUGAUUAAAGUGGAUGUAGAUCACCUCAACAUCUGUAAACCUGAGAAGAAGGACACAUUUCUCUAUAAGCGCAGCUUACAGUUUAUUAGAGAUUCUCUUGGACAGAUACUCCACUGAAUUCUUCCUUCAUUGUUUAGAACCUCAAGAUGCGAGUGGAACGUACACAGAAUCAAAUUCAAGAACACCCCAGGACAGGGUGUAACUCCAGAGGGUACCACUUGCACCCGUUAACUCACAGCAUAACACUUGCAAGGCAGUUAGCAUAGCUGGUUCAACAAGUUUGUAUUUUUAAUGGGAGUACCACGAGGAAUCCAACAAGGACACUGAGAAAACUGGACAACCUGGAUCUGUGCAGUGCCACCGUAAUUUUUAUUAAUUAAUUUUACGAAGACUGCAUCUUCUAACCGUUAACAGUUUAUUUAUUUGUAUUUAUUUUUUAAAUACCCCACAGAAAUGCUGACUAUUAACAAUGCCUUUUUUGGAACUCACUAGCUAUUUCUGGGAACCCUACCUCAAAUGUACAGCCUCAAAAUUAUUUUGAUUUUACAAAUCCAGUAUUUUGAUCUGUACCUUUCCUUACCUUUGAUAUAAAAAAAAAUCCCACAAAGCUUUAUCAACAUGUCAUCUCAACAAAUAAAGUGUCAGUCUCUUGGA